AUGCCUAAUGCAGAAAAACACGCGCAACUUCAUUUACCUCAAUUGCAGCAGUUCAUCUACUACUUUAGCUACAGCUGGUACUGCAGGUGUCGUUGCGCCUCCUACUAUUGCUAUAGUGGUGCAACAACAACCGUCUUGGCCGGCGGGCUUGCGCUCCCUGCAUCUGCUGUAACUCUUACGAUUACACCCGACAUUGAUGGUACUCCAACUGCUGGAACUGGUAUCACCCCAUCGCAAUCGUUCUCGCGUCUUCUCGUUCCAACCUACUCGCCCAACCCAAGCGCCGACCAUGCAUUGGCUCAAAAGAAAACAUUCCGCUACCUCGAACGAACUACAAAUAAAUUCACAGCUGCUCCAGGAGCUUGGACGGUCAGUAAUGGCAUUGCUAAUCCAAAGCGUUUGAUCAUGCAACCCUUUAAUCCGUUCCGCAGCCCAUUCUCGACAGUUCCAGCUACGACGAGUCAUUUUGCUGCAUUGAAAAAUCUGCAGAUCACAGUUGGAAACGUCCCCAUUUGGAACAACCCCGUGAGUUUUGGAUAUGAUUUUUUUGCAAGAGAUCGUCAAUGGGAAUCGCUUUACCGAUUUGUUGCUGUUGAUAUCGGUCGUCGUCUUCCAAGUGAAGAUGAUGCCAGUAAGAUUAUCAUUGUGUCUUUUGUUGCAAGCGUUGAUACGGCUAUGGGCACGGUCUCCCAAGGCCCGGUUCAGAACUAA